AUGUCGAAUUCGAAGCCAACGAUGAUGACGAUGCCCCGCGAGAUCCGAGACUGCAUUUAUGAAUUCGUUUGGAGCUCUUCUGUUCGUGUGAGAGUGGCUCGCCGCAGUUUUCCUCAAGAGCCUCAAGACCGCAACCUGAAAGUCUCGGGCGUUGGACUUACUAGAGAUGUAUGCAAGUCGUCGCAGAACGUCGAAUCCCAGCACGCAUCUUUGCUCCUGGUCAAUCGUCAGAUCUUGGCAGAGGCGAUGCCCAUCUUCUACAGAAGAUCGACUAUCGUCCUGAACAUGGAUGGUAGCCGAUCAAUGAGAUACCUGCGAGAAUUCGACAACGUCGCUCGAGCCAACAUCACGUCGCUGGAGAUGUCGAUCGACCUGCUAUACGACAAGCAUGUUCCUCCUAGCAGAGCCUGGUCUGGGGACAAAGAGAAGCCGCUGUAUGAAAAGGACGGUUUGGUCCUUAUAACUCCAUUCGCCACGCUGAUGGCUGAAACGCUACCAAGACUCUCAGAGGUGUUCUUCCAUGUACCAGUUGGAGGCAGUGCGACUUUCUAUUGUGGAUGGGCCACGAGAGAGCUGCAUAUGUUGCUGAAGUAUGGCAGAAUCCGGAAACUCAAUCAUGUCUUUGACGGAAAACAUGCUGUGAACAUGGCUGAAGCAUUUGAGCCCCAAGAAUGUUACGAGCGAUUGAUGGGACCCCUUGCUGAUGGGAGACAGCUGGCCGAGCAUGAGUUCGAGCUGAGAAGUCCAUUGAUAUGCGCAACGCAAAGCGAUCCUGCGAAGAAUCGACGAGCGCAGCAAUGGUAUCAGGCGAGGGAGGACUUUGUGGCGAAGCACGGGAGACCUUUCGCGUGGGAAUGGGGUGACUGUGGGGUGGAUGCAAAUCUUCGGCAGCCAAUUAAGGUCGUAAUUGCUUGCAGCAGACCGGCCAGCACAAGAUUGUAG